AUGUUCGGAAUUAACAAUACCAUGAAUCUUGAAAUUAAGAGAAAGCCUAGAGAACCAACCUUAUCCAUGGAAAUGGAUGAAGAAGGAUCAAUAACUUCCUUCAUGAUGAUGAAUUCCCGAUCCAUGCCUACGUUCAAUCAUUCAAAGGCUUCUUCUUGCGGUCGGAACAGCACCAAACACACAUCUCAGAGGCUGUUCAUUCCUCUUGCUCAUCAACCUAAUACCACUCCGAACGAUCUGGAAGAAGAUCUCAAUGAUGAUGAAGCCUUCUUCUCAUAUUCCGAGUACUCGGAGGCAAACAUGUUGGAGGAAUGCCACAGAGACUGGAAACCAAUGACUGCAUCAUCAUGUUCUUUGGAAGAGAAGGACAAAGACUUCGAAUUGGAUCAUCAUUCCUUUUUCACGCCUCAUAUUCCAAUGAAGCAUCAGUGGAGUGUGCAAGAGCAAGCCUUUCUCAUGAUGAUUGAAGAAGGCUCAUGUUCUUCAAAUAGAGAGAAUCAAUUAAUGGAGAUGGCCCAAAGGAUUGAUUUCAAUGCUCACCAUCAACUGUAG